AUGAGGAACAACAGCCGGCGCAAGCUGGACCAGAGGGUGUUCAUAGAACAGGUUCGAGAAUGCAUGAGCAAUGGAUACUUGCUCUCCUCAAAGAAGAUCGGAUCUGGUGCUUUCUCCAAGGUCUACCUGGCCUAUGCAACACGUGAGCGCAUGAAGCACAAUCCUAGGCUAUCCUCUGACUUGCGGGGCAAGCGCCACACUAUGGUGGCUAUUAAGAUUGUGUCCAUGGCUGAAGCCCCAGCGGAGUACUCCAGGAAGUUCCUGCCCCGUGAGAUCUUAUCACUCAAUGCUACCUACAAGCACAUGAACAUAGUCCAGCUGUAUGAGACCUACCAGAACAGCCAGCGUUCCUACCUGGUACUGGAAUUGGCAGCUAGAGGCGACCUGUUGGAGCAUAUCAAUGCAGUGUCCGACCUCCGAUGUUGCCCAGGGCUGGAGGAGGAAGAGGCCCGAAGGCUGUUCUGGCAACUGGUCAGCGCGGUGGCCCACUGCCACAACGUUGGCAUUGUGCACAGGGACUUGAAAUGUGAAAAUAUCCUGUUGGAUGACCAGGGCUUCCUAAAGCUUACAGACUUUGGCUUUGCUAACUGGGUGGGGCUCAAGAACUCCCUUCUGAGCACCUUCUGUGGCUCUGUGGCCUAUACGGCCCCAGAGAUUCUCAUGAGCAAGAAGUACAACGGUGAGCAGGCUGAUCUGUGGAGCCUAGGGAUCAUCCUCCAUGCCAUGGUGUCUGGGAAGCUGCCCUUCAAGGAACACCAGCCCCAUCGCAUGCUGCAGCUGAUUCGCCGAGGUCCCAUCUUCAGGCCAGGGCUGUCCCCAGAGUGCCGGGACCUGAUCCGAGGGCUGCUUCAGCUGCAUCCGUGUGAGCGCCUGGGCCUACAGCAGGUGGCUGCUCACUGCUGGAUGCUGCCUGCAGAACACAUGCUGUCCUCUGUACUUGGAGCUCCCCGAGAACAGCAUUCCUGGUCUGCAACAACCCCAGACAACACAGAGCCUGACAGAGAUGCCAGGUGUGCCAGAAGCAAAGGCUCCAGCCCCUCCAAUGGCAGGACAUCUCCAAGGAGAGCGUCUUUGGCCCAGCUGUGCAGCACGUGGAAGCCCGCACCAGAGCAAUAG